AUGGACCAAGAGUCCUGCAUCCUUUCCACUCACCCACCAUGUCUGAGUGGGUUUUUGGAUACUCCUGCCAUUAUUCUGGGUGAAGGGGAUACAAUUGCUUUGUGGUAUCUCCCCAGUGCCAUAUCACAAGCAAUGCAGGACCAGAUGGUUGGAGCCAUUCCACCACUUUCCAAUAUAUUGACAGUGCACUUGGGUUGGGAUCUAGUCACUUCAGUCAACCUCCUUUGGAGACAUAUUAGGUUGGGUAUCCCUGACCACUGGUGGGGAAAGUUUUUUCUCCAGCACCAUGCCUGGGGAUUCUCCAGGCCCCCUAUGGAUUUCUCCACAAUUAAUAUAUGUUUCCCCAAAUAUGUCAGAGUGACUGGGGUCCAUAUGGGUCUUUCUCCAGCUGAAAUAGGGUCUCCAUUGGACUUUCUCCAUGCCAAUAAGGACCCAAAUGAGGGUUCCCCAGCUGAAAUAGGACCUCCAUGGGACUUUCUCCAUGCCAAAAAGGACCCAAUGGGGGUUUCUCCAGCUGAAAUAGGACCUCCACAGGACUUUCUCCAUGCAAAAAUAGACCAGAAUGAGAGUUUCUCCAGCUGA